CUGGUAACUCCUGGCACGAUGGACCGAGUACUGCGUUUUGGACUUUAUAUAAUUGUCACUAUUUCUGUUUUUUCUUGCGAUGCAACAUCACCUGCCGACGUUACAGCGAAAAUGACUAUUGAUCAUGAAACAACUCGAUGUGAAACUAAUUUAGCGGCCUGUUCUAUAAAAUUUGACGAAACAACACUGGCUGACCAUUUACGUGGACCAAAGGGCGACAGAGGUGAAAAGGGUGAACCAGGUUUACCAGGCCUCGCAGGGGUUUGCAAUUGCGCUCCUAUUCCACGCUACGAACGCCCUGCAACCACAAUGUCUCUGGAAGAUCUGUUUGCCAUGUGCGGCCAAGACGAGGAAUGUUUGAGUUCGACCACCAUGCCAACACCUAGAGAAACUGAUACUAAAAGUAAAGCACUGAUUUCUUGUAAGCAUGCACCAGCUGGAUCCACAAAUGGGACCUAUUUUGUGAGAGCAGAAGAUCCUUUUGAGGUUUAUUGCGAUAUGAAUAGAAAUCUGUCGUGUCUUAUUCAUUCGGUGGCACUUAAAGACACUGAAAUUAUUAAUUACAUCAAGCACGACAACAAUAAACCAUUUUGGAUAAGCGCAAAAAACCAUAGUGAAGGGGAAAAAUUCGAUAUCAAUAAAUUUUAUGGGUACGACAUGAAUAAAAUACAAUGGUUGCAGAGUCAUUCUACGUUUGUUACGCAGAAAAUAAGAUAUCACUGUUUUAAUUCUUUGGUCCACCCUGAUGAAGAGAAAGCUCUACGUCUUCUUUCGUGGACGGAUUCCCUGAUAGGUCCGCAGCCGACAAAUCUGACACCAGCUCAUUACACUAUUGUAUUUGACGAAUGCAAGGACUCUACCCUUCUAGACUGGAAACACGCUGACAUAAUGAUAACUGGUUCACCAAGACGUUUGCCAAUAAUCGACUUUUACAUUCAAGACAUACGUAAAGAGGAUCAAAGAAUUUAUCUGGAACUGCGAGAACUAUGCUUUGGAUGAAUAUUAAUUAAUUAAAUGAUAAAAAAACAA